GCUUUAUGUUUUCCCAAUGCCUACAAAUGACUACCGGAUUGAAUUGCGGCAAAAAAUAGACGAUUCAAGGGCCUUGUUGAAACACGGUCAUUAUUGAAGGCCUGAUUUGCUGUCAUCUUGAUUACUUUACCCUGCCAUUCAUUAUUGAAAUAGUCCUUGCUCCCUCCAACUUUUGAAUAUCUGCUUGAUACUCUUCAAAGACACCAAACAAAACAAACCCCUCAACUCUCUCAAUACCCUUCAUCGUCGACUCAACCUAUACCAACGCCACCCGACGAAACAAUCAUACUAAGAUCAUCAUGGCAACAAACGGUACCAACGGUACCAACGGUAUCAACGGCCACACCAACAGAUUCGACCCCCACUUUACAAAACACGUAAUUGAUCUCAUAGGCCCAGAGACAGCGCCACGACAUAAAGAAAUCCUCAGCUCGCUGAUCAGCCAUCUCCACGAUUUCAUCCGAGAAGUUGAACUCACACAAGAUGAAUGGGUCGUCGGUGUCAACUACGUCAAUUCGAUAGGUCAGGCAUACCGAAAGAACCGAAACGAGGCUUGGAGAAUUUGCGAUGUUCUAGGCGUUGAGUCGUGAGUACUCCCCUCCAGUUUUUAUGGUUUUGUAAGACAUCGGUAGUAGUGUUUCACGUGCCUAUUCAAAAGCAUGGAUAUUGCUUGAGACAAGAGAACCAUGAAAAUACAAAUCUUGUACAAAAUAGCUGAUUUAGCGUAUCUAGACUUGUCGAUGAAAUCAACCACAAAAUCGUCACCGAACAAGGCAUUUCACCCACAUCUUCAGCAAUCCUCGGACCCUUCUGGUCGCCGGACACGCCAUUCCGCGACCUAGGCGCCAGCGUCGUCCAAGACAUGCCUCCAGACGGACAACUAACCUACUUCCACGGUAUGAUUAAAGACGUGGAAACCAAAAAGGGAAUCCCCAACGCCGUCUUCGACAUGUGGCAAGCCAGCACGAACGGAAAAUACGAUUCCUUUGACCCUGAGAACCAGAGCAAGCACAAUCUACGCGGAAAAUUCAAGACGGAUGAGAACGGUCGAUUCAACUUUUACUGUCUGAAGCCAACUGAAUACGCUAUUGAUACGUCCGGUCCUUCUGGUGAUUUGCUCAAGUUGAUGGGACGCCAUCCUAACAGACCGGCGCAUAUCCAUAUGAUGGUCACGCAUCCGGAUUAUAUUGGUGUUACGGCUCAAUUGUACCCUAACGAUGAUCCUUGGUUGGAGACUGAUACUGUUUGCGCUGUUAAGGAUGAUUUGCUUUUGAAUUUCACGCCAGUGGAGAAUGAGCCGAAGGAUGCAGUUUUGGAUUGCGAAUACGAUGUCAGUUUAUUAUCGAAGAGAUACAAGCCAGAUUCUACCAUGUUGAUGGGAAAUGCGGCUGGUGAGAAGCUAUGAUCACAAGAAUUUAUGACGAUAUUUCAUUGCCAUUGUUUGUUUGGUCAUUUUUCUUUCCACUUGUAUGUAGCAUAUGCAUUAUAGAGCCGAAGAGUUACGAAACAAGAUCAAUGAAAGAAUUAGAUACCCG